UUUUAGUAAAAUUGAUACCAGAAUAUAUACAUUAUCGAUUUGGAAAAUGGAUCUUUCUCUAAAUACUCGAAUCAAAACAGAACCGAAUGCAGAGGAUACAUUAUACCGGGAGCCGACAUCCAUUUGCAGGCGUAACAACGUAACCACUGAUGAAGUUCACGACGACGGGUAUAAAAAUGGAGUAUUGCGGAGUCUGUUUACGUCUCCGGAAAGUUCUUUAACAACUCCAGCAGCUAAUUUGUUGACAUGCCUUGCUAAUGAAUAUCAACUGAGCCAGAACCCUUUAUCGGACAGUAGAAGUCUUUUGUUGACAUCAGAAAAUGCCCGUGGUUGUGUUUAUACAUUUAAUGAAGAGUGUCCUCGAGGACAAACAACACAAAGCAGCAAUUACAGUUCUUCUAGUAUGACCAUAUCAACGACAAGGAUAAAAAUGGAGAAAACAGAAACACCUUCCGAAGCUGACAGAAUAAAGGAACAAGACAGAACGGGUCGAUAUUUAGGACAAAAUGGCGACAAUAAACUUCAUGACAGUGUUAUAAAGUCGAUGCUAGCAGCGCCACCCAUUCAUUCUCCUGUACAAAACAAGAUAAGUUAUCACAAAUCUGAAGAAUUUGAACAUCAGUCCAUAGACUCCAACAGUGAAAAGCAUGGUGCUUAUAGUACACACAGAGAUGGUCCUUUUAAAACGAAUGAUCCGACUCCAAGUCAUGCGAGUGACGAUGCGUUGGACUCGCCCGAGACAUUUCCUCUACUUCCCCCAAAGGCUGCUAAUCCACAAAUGACACGUGAAGAUUUUAAUGCCUUCUGUCAAGCUAUCCUCUUAAAUGGAGGUCCUGCUAAAAUAAAUAAUGAUGAUUCGUCUUCUGGUAAUACAGAUAACUCAAACACUGUUGAUAUAUUCAACAAAAUAAGUAGAGGACAACAGAAAGGAAAACGAAAAUUCCAGUGUGACAUUUGUCAUAAGUCAUACGGCCACAACAGCAGUCUAAAGGUGCAUUACCGAGUACAUACCGGGGAAAGACCUUUCAAAUGCCAUGUGUGUGACCGUGACUUCAGUCACUCCAACAGUCUUCAGAUUCAUGUCAGAACACAUACAGAAAAACCUCAGUUCAAGUGUGACCAUUGUCCGAUGGAAUUCUCUCGUUCAAAUAGUUUAUCUCGCCAUAUGCUGACACACACCAGGGAGAAGCCGUUUGUGUGUGGUGUAUGUGGGAAGUCAUUCUCUCAGGCAUGUAAUCUUAAGACCCACAUGCGAUCCCAUACUGGUGACAAACCUUUUAAGUGUGAUUUUUGUGGCAAAGCUUUCAGAGUUGCUGAAAAACUGAAAAUUCAUACUCGUAUUCACACUGGUGAUCGACCUUAUCAAUGCACUGUAUGUCAAAAAACAUUUGCUACGUCGGGUGUACUUAAAUCACAUUCUUCCAUACACACCGGAAUUAAACCCUACAAAUGUAAGGUAUGUGGAAAGGGGUUUACAGUGUCAAAUGACUUAAAGAAACACAGCCGUGUUCACACAGGGGAGAAACCAUACACCUGUAAUAUGUGUGGGAAAGCUUUUGGACAGUCUAGCACUCUACAGAAACAUCUUCAUACUCACUCUGGAAACCGACCACAUAAGUGUGAAAUAUGUGGUAAAGGUUUUGUUGAAUCGACACAUGUUAUAAGACAUAUGCGUACACAUACAGGGGACAAGCCAUUCACUUGCAACAUUUGUCAUAAAAGUUUCUCAGGAGACUUGGCAAAGCAUAUGAGAACUCAUAUUGAAGGUAAACCUUACAAGUGUGAUAUCUGCCUGAAAGGAUUUCGAAACCCCUCUUAUAUGAAACAGCACAAGAUGAAACAUACUGCUAGCCGCCCAUAUCCAUGUAGUUAUUGCACAAUGCGAUUCAUGCAGCCUAGUGAUUUGAAUGCACAUGUGCGUACUCAUACAGAUUCCAAGCCAUUUAAAGGUGAAAUUGGUGGGAAAACUUUUGCACAGUCCGACCAUCUUGAGAGACACAUAAUUUCAGACAGUGAAGGAAACAAUCAGACACCUGCUAAAAGAAAUGAGAUGAAAGAGGAAGAUUUCAGUGAUGAGUCGGAGACAAUCUUGGAAGAAAAUGAUACAAAUACAUAAAGAGACUGAAAAGAACUUUUAUAGAUACGAAGUUUUGAUUGGUUAAAGUUUUCUUAGUUGCUACGUCUUCAGGUACCAGUUUAUAUUUAGUAUAUAUAAAUAUGUUGUUGAUAACAACUGAUGUUUCAGUCUAAACUUUUAUAAGAUUUAGUGAGAAUUUCAUAAUCUGUUGACAUGUGGUUUGAAGCUUCCUGCCCGUAGUGACGUGUGUUUCUCAGGAAACAGAGAAAUUAGCUGCCUGUUGCUGUUGUGACAAUGUCUUUGGUCAAGACAUUUUACCCAAUUUGCUUUUGAUGUCAUGUGACAGGCCUCUAGUCUGUUGCUCUGUAGGAUGGGUACCAGUUACUACAAGGUGAUCCUAGCUACCUCAAAAUGACCAAAGCUAUUGAUCAGUUGAUACACCGUGCAAACAAAUGAAAAGAUGAUUUAUAUAGCGUAUUUAUCUGACAAUAUACACCCUGCUUAGUAAAAAUCUAACUGUGCAUAAAGCUUCUUAAUUUGGGUGUUCCUCCUUGUCCUUAUGAAAAGUAAGUCUAUGGUACUCUCAGUAUAUUAUCUGCAUUGUGACAUCAGAACAAAUAUCAUUUGGAAGGAAUCUGGGCAUAAAAUCAAUGUUUACCAAACUGCUUACAUGUUGUAUGCUUGUAAUAGAAUCUGUUAUCUUUAGGUAUUCAGAGUUGCCUCAAAUGAGAUUUUCUUAUAAAAUUUCAGCCUGAGAUGAAGAUAAAAUUAUCACGAGCAUAUACAGGUUAUAGAUUCUAUUUCUGAUACCUGAUUUUGUUAAAAUCAAAUAUAACUUUUAUUGCCAAUUACAAGUUGAUUGGAUUAUCUCCCAGACUAACAAUGGAAUCAAACUUUUAAUACAGCUGCUAUAUAGAUAUACAUUUUUGUGUACUGGUACAAUUACAUAUAAAUAUCAAGGAGAAUAUGGAAACCCAUAUAGAUUUACAUGUAUAUACCAACCCAGGUAUGUAAAAUUUAGUUUGCUGGGUUUAUCACCCCAUGAAUAGCCACAAUCGUUUUGAGGCAGGGUUUCCUUGCAGAAGCUGGUGGCUACCUCAUUGAACAACAUACAUGAGGCAUGUCUCAUGCCUGCCAAUGCCCAAGGACACAACCAUGCCAGCACAGACAGGUCCAUUUCUCAGCUUCCUGAAGGACAAAUUGCUGUGGGGAGGUAGCAUCAAACCACAUACCUUGGAUUUUUGAGUGAGGUUAUGUAGACCAAUUUUCGAAUGGACUCGGCUAUUCCUGCCCCAUAUAUAUGUAAAAAGAUCAGUUUACAUAUAUAAUUUACAUACUUUUUUAUAUAUACAUUUAUUUAUUAUUUUAUUGUAUACUGUUUAUAUAAUAUUUUUAAUACUUUUGUAAUUUCAUAUUUUGUUAGUUUGGCCAUCAUCAAGUAUGAUGUAGGAGAGGAUGCCAUGCUAGACAAUGUAUUAUAUUGAGCAGCCUUCUCCAUUCUGAUUUUCUCUAUCACAAAUCAGUUUUUUUAUGACAUAAUGUGAAAACAAACUACAGUAACUUUAGAAAAAAAUAUGGAAAUUAUGAUACAUUGUAGAAUAUUUUCACAAAUUUCAGUUUCAAGUGGAAGCAGAAAAACUGCAUUUUAUCUUCAGUAUAUAUGUAAUUUGAUUGUUGAGUAAAGAAUAAGACCAUAUGUAUUUAUAUAUGUGUGUCCAUGUCGCUUUUGAUAGUCUGUCGAGUGAAUGUCCUAGUACGCCAAACAUAGAAUAAAAACACAUUUUUUUUUAUAAAAUCAUAGGUUGUGUCAUGUUAAUAAAAAUGAUGUAGUAUUACAUAAUUAGACAUGUAAUAUUUUUGUGGUAUAA